CGCUUUAUGUUGGAUUCGGCCCGACACUUGUGGGCUCAAAUGAUGCUUUUCAGCCCAACAGAUGUCCGGUCGCGCUGGUGGGGGUUGCUGAGGGAGAAGGGGUUAGGGGUGCGUGAGAGGUCGGAAUCCUGGCACCGCCGCCGCCGCCAUGCUCCGCCUCCAAAAACAUCUCUCCAUUCACCUGCAAGAUCUCCUUCCCGUCCACCGCUCCGCAUCCCUCAUACAGCUCUCCCUCCAGCGCGCUCUCCUCUCCACCGCCUCUCCGGGCCACUUCGCCGCCGAUGAGUACCUCGUCUCCACCUGCGGCAUCACCCGAGAGCAAGCCGCGAAAGCGGCCAAGUGUACCUCCCACUGGAAAUCGUACUCCAACGCCGACGCAGUGCUCUCCUUCCUCACCGGCCCGGCGGUCGGCCUGUCCAAGGCCGACAUCACGCUGCUCGUGGCCAAAGACCCGCGCAUCCUCAACUGCAGCGUCGACAACACCCUGCGGGUCCGCGUGGGCCGCUUCCGCAGCUACGGCUUCUCCGCCGCGCAGAUCAGCAGCUUCGUCCGCGUGGCCCCCUAUUCAUUCCGCACCUUCAACAUCGACGAGAAGCUCGGCUUCUGGAUGCCCUUGCUCGGCUCGCCCGACAAUUUCCUCCGCAUCUUCAGGCGUAACUCGUACCUCGUAGCCUCCGACCUCCACAAGGUGGUGAAGACCAACGUCCGGCUGCUCCAGGAGCACGGUCUAUCUGUCGAGGAAAUUGGCAAGAUGUGCGUGUCCAACCCGAGGCUGCUCACCGGCAAGCCGGACAGCACCAGGGCUAUCCUCGUGCGUGCUGAUGAGAUUGGCGUGCCCCGCAACACGCUUUUGUUCAGGCAGGCUGUGAACGUCGUGGCGGGUCUCGGCCGGGAGACCAUGGCCGCUAAGCUCAAGAUGAUGGCCAAGAUUCUCGGGUGCUCAGAUGCCGAGGUUGCCAGAAUGGUGCAGAGGAACCCGUGUGUGCUGCUGCGCUCCACGGAGACGAUUCAGGGCAUCUGUGAGUUCCUGACCAAAGUCGUCGGCGUGGAUACCAAGUACAUUCAGGGCUUGCCCACAAUCCUGAUGUACAGUCUGGAACGAAGGCUGGUGCCCCGGCAUUACGUGAUGAAGGUGCUCCAGGAGAAAGGAUUGAUCCGAAAAGAUCUGAGCAUCUACACGAUGGUCGCUUCUAGUGAUAGCGUGUUCUGCUCAAGGUAUGUACAUCCUCAUAAGGAUGUUCUUCCUGGCCUUGCCGAUGCAUAUGCAUCUGCUUGCAAUGGGAAAAUAGCCACCUGAGGCACACAAUGAUAUGAUUCCAGCAAACUGGCUAAUUGGAUACCCUGAUGUGUACUCUUCAAGGCUGUAGCUCUGUACUUGGUUCAUAGCUUCAGAAUUGCAGAAACUCAGUAGGCUAAGCUUAGGAAAUUCUGCUGACCAAAGCAAAGCAUCAUGAUGUCAUUUUCAUAUACCUUGUUUUGGAUUCUGAUGAUCAAUUUUAUCAUGUUUUAACUCA